GCUCGAAAGAAACCAACAGUUCCUAAACAACUCCGCAGUUGUGGGAUUUAAUCCAUGGUUUUCGUCAAAUCUUUCAGUGUUUCAUUGAUUUGAAGCUCAAGCAAUAAAAGGUUAAGGUACCAGACUCAUCAUGGCACAGACUAGGUUAACAGACUGCAUAAAAGCGUUGCGGGGGUUCAGUCUGGUUGCCAGAGCCUUCGUGGAUACGCAGAGUAAAGACUGCAGUCAAGUAUGGAGUAAUUGUAGCCUAAGAUCCACCACUGAAAAGAUCCAAACAAAGGCAGAGGAGACGAUUAGCAACGCCAUGGUGUAUGCAUCAAAGAUAAGCUCCUCACAGAAGAACAUUGAGGAAUUCCCAGCCUCUGCUGCCGAUGAAGAUACAACAAGUUGGGCUUACUCCGCCGGAUCAUCCUCAAUUGAUGAUGUGCCACAACCAGAAAGUGUUUCCUCGCAAGAAGUGCCAGAGACGUCAUCCAGUUCUAAUCCCUCCUCUAGAGCAAAUGGAGCAGUUCCUAGAACAAACGGCACACCUCCGAACCAAACCAGACAGUUGCACACAUUCACAAGAACUCAGUUCAGUAACGACCAUAGGAGAUAUCUCCAUUAUGAUUCAUCCACCGGGAUGACCCAAGAAGAACUCGAGAAGCUUAGAAUGAAAGCAAAAUCAUCCAAAACACCAGCGAGACCUAGAGGUCCAAGAAUCAGACCCAAGUUGAGUGAAAGAGCUAAAGAGCGGACAGUUCCUUCGUCUCGGCUUGGUAGAGUCUGGAACUUUGGCGGUUUAGCAGCAGGUUUGGGUGUGGGGGCCUUAGCCGAGAAAGCCAAAAGAAGUUUUGGGCUCAAAGAAAAUGGCAAGUUUGACGGGAGUGUACUGUUGUCCGAAGCUAAUGCUGAGCGUAUCGUUGAUACGUUAUGUAGAGUGAGAGGAGCUGCUCUUAAGCUUGGUCAGAUGCUUAGCAUACAAGAUAACGCAUUAAUCAGUCCUGAGUUGCAGAGAGUAUUUGACAGAGUCAGACAAAGUGCUGACUUUAUGCCAGCCUGGCAGAUGGAGAGAGUCUUAAAGGAUGAGUUAGGAGACGACUGGAGGAGUAAAGUAGCAUCAUUUGAAGACAAGCCAUUCGCUGCUGCAUCAAUUGGUCAAGUUCAUCUGGCUACAACACAUGAUGGAAUGGAAGUGGCUAUGAAGAUACAGUAUCCUGGUGUAGGUGAGGGUAUUGACAGUGACAUCAACAACCUGAUGGCCAUCAUGAAAGUCUGGAACGUUCUUCCUGAAGGUCUUUAUGUUGAGAAUGCUGUUGAUGUGGCUCGUAGAGAGCUAGCUUGGGAAGUUGAUUACACCAGAGAAGCGGAGUGGAGUCGUAAAUUCAGGAAUGUUCUGAGAGAUGACCCUGAUUUAAUAGUUCCAGAGGUCAUACCAGAGUUAUCUACGAAGCAGAUACUUACUACAGAGUUAGUGGAUGGAGUAUCGUUAGAUAAGGCUGUGGACUUGGAUCAGGAAACUAGAAAUGAUAUCUGUAGGAAUAUCUUGAGACUGUGCUUAAAGGAAGUGUUUGAAUGGCAGUUUAUGCAGACAGACCCAAACUGGUCCAACUUUUUGUACAAUCAACACACUGGCAAGUUGGCCUUGAUAGACUUUGGAGCCUCCAGAGAUUUCCCCAAAUCAUUUGUUGAUGAUUAUAUCAAGGUGAUCAAAGGAGCUUCAUCAGGAAACAGGGAGGAUGUCUUGGAAUAUUCAAAGAAACUUGGAUUUCUUACCGGAUACGAGUCAAAGGUGAUGCAGAAAGCGCAUGUAGAUGCAGUUAUGAUCCUGGGAGAGCCAUUUUCACAGAGUGAGCCGUUUGAUUUCACAAAACAAGACACGACUCGACGUAUUCAGUCCAUCCUCCCAGUUAUGCUCAAUCAUAGACUAGCUCCGCCCCCAGAGGAGAGUUACUCCCUACACAGAAAGAUGUCCGGUGCUUUCCUACUGUGCACUAAACUAGGAGCCAAGAUUCAGUGCAAGGAACUCUUUGAUGUUAUCUACUCUAAGUAUCAGUUUGAUUGAAGAAGUUUGUCGCAGACCCCAAUUAAUUUCAUAGAGCUGCUUAAGAAGGAAGUAUUGCUUAACAUUUUUCUGCUUUAUAGCAGAAAUGAUCUGGGUCC